CUGUUUACUCUGUUAUUUCUUGAAAGGAUUUUGCAGUCGGGUGGGAAGGAGUGAAGUUUGAAGUUUUUCGACAAUUUUGUCAGUCAGCAGUGAGGCGUCUUAUGUUUUUUUUCUCGAAUUUUUUUCCACCUCGAUUAAUUUUAUUUAAAAUCCGUUGAAAAAUGAUAAAAUACAUCACGCUCUUUCUAGCGUGCCUAUCCGUUUCUACCGCUUCCAGAAAGGUGCAUGCCGAGUUGAACCCAGGGUGCGAUGAAGAAUGCAGGACUUUUCUCAACGGCCCUCUGGUGCACGUAACGGCCGAAGGGGACAACGACACAUUACACCACGUCUGGGAUUUGACUUAUAACAAACCGUGUCUUUUUCUCGCUUUAACACCAGUCGACACACUUUUAGAAAUAGAUUGGACCAAAUUCAACUGGGACUCCUCAGAGGGCUCCGUCCGUUUCACUAAAGAACCGAUUUACGCAUUUUCUCUCGUUUUCGAAGAGUUGGUUGAGUUCAAUGAUGUUAACAAUACUGGGAAAUUUAACUCAUCGAAUACAAGUCCAGAUUACCGAAUAGUUCAACCUAUGAACUUUAACUGGAGUGUAAAAUCUUUUGAAGUGAAAAAUAACGGUGUAAUCUACACCUUUGUAGGGACCAACAAGACUGUUUCUAACGGCUCAAUUGAAAUAUCUCUAUCUGCAUAUGGCAACAGAGGCCAUGGCGACAUCAGGCCGCACCUCUUGCACACAGGCAAUGCCACUCAAGUAGAUUUCGAGCUCAAAAACCUUAAGACUCAUUUCAAAUCGCCGCGAUUCGCCUUUAAGCUAGCAAUCAUUACAACUAGAGAGGAUAAUACAAUAGAUCAGACAAAAAAAACGAGCCUACACGAUGAACACUCCCCAGGAAUAUUCACAGUUUCUGAAGUUUUGACAAAAGCUGAUGAAAAGUACAAGGAAGGACAGGGUUAUUUACAGUGGAGAGAUGUAGCGUACACUUCACCCGAAAGGAAUCAAAUCAAUUCGACCAACGUCGGCGAAACCAAAGCAUUAAAAGAAUUACAGCCGAAUAACACUUUUUAUGGAACUUUCAGCAUGGCUUAUUUCGGAGAGAAAAUAUAUUCCCUUCCCGCUUACUAUUUUUAUGUUUACUUCGGCAGUCCGUAUGAUGGAUUUUACACAAAAAGCAGCUAUUUAUCAUGGACUUUGAUGGCAGGACUAGGCAGACCAGCCGAAGAGAGCUUUUCCAUGUUGGUACUUAUAGUUUUAACUUCGUGUUUAGUUGUAAUACCAGUUCUUAUAAUAGUGCUAGGUGUUAUUUAUCUUAUAUCUCGAAGGGUAUCAAAAGCAAGGGAUGAUAUUCUCACUCAGUAAUUUUCUGAUUUUCAACUCCAGUCUGGCUCAAAUAUUUCUCAUUAUUAUUUCACAUUUACUCUAAAUUUUUUCAUUUCUUGAGUUUAAAACUUGCAUAAAAUUAAUCACAAAAUUACAUUUUAAGAUAUUCAUUAUUUUUUUAAUUUUUAGUCUUAAUUUGUGUAAAUAUAUAAAUACAUACUCAUAAAAAUGUGAUAUUUAUAAAAUAUUUCAGUGACGAGAACAUAUAUUUUUACUAAAAGACUGUUAUUUAGGUUUUUUGUGUAACUCGUUCGGAGUUUGUUAAUGUGCCUUGUCAUUUCAAAAGUUUUUUAAAUUAUUCAAUGAUGCGCAUUCCUAUCUGCGAUCGGUAAUGACUCAAAGAAAUCUGAAGUCGUUAAAAGCCAUAGAAAGCCAUACUUUGAAAUACCUAAGCCUUAUAAUGUAAUGCGAGCCGUCCUUGUUCGGUCAUCUGAUAUUUUUGUAAGUAUAUUACUAUCCAAAUAAGUUCCUUUAUUUUUUAAAACUUUUGUGAUUGUAUAUUUCUAUAACUAUUGUAUAUGAGUAAAUAAAUAAAUUUGUUUAUGAUAAAUAAAUAUGUUUACUGUA